ACAUCCCGGGAGAGAGGGGGUCGGCGUCGAACCUGUGUUUACUUCCGGAUUUCCUGUAUAUGGCAGAGCUUGCAAACAGCCGCUCCACUUGCCCUACGAGCUCCGCGAGAGCCCCGUGGCCCGAUCCGACCCGAGACCGUGUCCGGUGGAGCGCGAUGCUUCGGUGACCGGAGAGCCGCCACACAGCGGGCAGAUUACCGUCAGCGCAGCUUCACACGGAGAGGCUCCUUCUGCCACCCUUCGCCAAACGUCAAAGUCAAUGCGGUCCUCGCUCUCAGCGCCGGAGCUCAUCCGCCUCUCACGCGCCGAACAUUAACGCGCUUCCGUUCGCCGAACACGAGAACCGGAGAUUAAACACAACCGAGAGCCGAGCCACACUCCCAGUUACCGGGAUACAGCGACGGGGACAGGAUCUGUCUCUUUCAUCAUCAUGGACUGGUUCAUGGGGAAGGGCAAGGGGAAGCCCAAUGGAAAGAAGCCGCCCGCAGAGGAGAAGAAGCUUUACCUGGAGGCAGAAUACACCAAAGUAAGAGUCGUGGACUUCGACCUCAAGGAGCUGGUGGUCUUGCCCAGAGAGAUCGACCUGAACGAAUGGCUCGCGUGCAACACCACGACGUUCUUCAACCUCAUCAACCUGCAGUACAGCACGAUCUCUGAGUUCUGCACCGGAGACACGUGUCCGGCCAUGACCGCCUGCAGCACGACGUACUUCUGGUAUGAUGAGAAAGGGAAGAAGACGAAGUGCACAGCGCCGCAGUACGUGGAUUUCGUCAUGAGUUCAGUUCAGAAGCUGGUGACCGACGAGGACAUCUUUCCCACCAAAUACGGUAAAGAGUUCCCCAACACCUUCGACUCGCUGGUGAAGAAAAUCUGCAGAUAUCUCUUCCACGUUCUGGCCCACAUCUACUGGUCCCACUACAAGGAGACGGUGGCCAUGGACCUGCACGGACACCUAAACACACUCUACACACACUUCGUGGUAUUUAUAAGGGAAUUCAAUCUGAUGGACCCCAAGGAGACGUCGAUAAUGGAGGACCUGACGGAGGCGCUGUGCACGCCGCUGCCCCCUCAGCCACAGAACCACGUGACGGAGAGAUGAGUCCGGCCAAGGACUGCUGGGACUCACAGACCUGAACACUGCUCUCUUUAGGACCCAGUCGGGAGCGCCGAAUGACCUCAGACGCGGCCGUCUAACCCUUUAACCAAGAACCGCCUGACCAUGCUUCAGUUUCCUCCCCGUUUUCCGCUUUCCGUUUGAUGCAGCAGUUUUCCAUCUCUUGGUUUGAUAAGGGUGUCGGCCUGGUCCUCGUGUACGGUAUAAAGGUUUCUUUUUCAUUUUUAUAGGGUAAAAGGGGUGUGUGUGUGUGUGUGUGUUCAAGGCUUUUGCACUCAGGAACUGAGAGAGCUGUCAAUGCUACCUGCUCACCCAUAAGCCUCUCGGUGUCACUUUACUCCUCAUAUAGCAAUCCCAUCCUCCCUCGACUCAUAUGGGACAGACUUGUGUUGCGUAUUAGCACGUUAACCACUGUAAAGAGAGAGAGCAGUUGAAUCGGCCGCCAUUUUGGCUCCAGGGCCUGGGUUUCACGCGUUCUCGCUCCAGAAUGACAAGGACAUUCACGUUGUCUGCUGUUGAAUCUGAACGUCCUGAGUUCGGAGGACUGCUUGUAAUCAUGUCUAGCCUCGUUCUGAAAAGACGAUUUGUGAAUGGAAAAGAAUGUACACUUAGUGUCUAUUGUCUGCGAGCGACUGAGAGUGUGAGUAAAAAAGAGCGACAGAUGUUUUAGUUCUCCCUUCAUCACUGUUCAGAGAGUUUGUGUCGCGACGAGAAGAUCAGACUUUUCCUUUUAUUUAAUUUAUUUCUUGGUUUUCUUUUUCCUUUUCGUUUCAGUUUUAGUUGACGUUUUUCAGGGCUCCUCGGUUCUGGCUUUUGUUUUAUGUAUUUUAAUAAUACUUUAAGUUAAAAGCGAUUUAAUAUUUUAAGCUCUGCAAAUUAUAACCUAAUAAAAUAUUUAAAAGUCACAAA